UUCCACUUGUGAACCGUGUCUGGCUUCUUCUUCUCCCGCUCGCCUUAUCUCGCCUCCGCUUCCACUCUGAUCGACUCGUUCGCCCUCUUCUUCUCGCUUCCUCUGUACUCCAGCUCCUCCGAUCCAGUCCCCGACGAUCCCUCGUCGCGCAUAGGGCGGAGCGCGCGGCCGUCGCUCUCCUAUUCGAUCGGCAUUUGUUGAGCCGAGGAGGCGGAGGAGGUUUUGGCAGUGGAAGCGCAGCGGUGAGCUAGAUACCGGAGGGCGGCGAUUAGGAAGGAGGGAAGAAGAAAGGUAGGAUGGGGCGGAUUUUUCUGAUUAGCCUCGAAGGUAAGUUCUACAGCUGCAAGCAUUGCCAGACCCACCUUGCCCUUUCCCUCGACGUCAUCUCCAAGUCCUUCCAUUGCAGACAUGGGAAGGCUUAUCUCUUCCAGAAGGUUGUGAAUGUGACAGCUGGAACUAAAGAGGAGCGAAUGAUGCUGACUGGGCUGCACACCGUCUCUGAUAUUUUCUGCGUUGGCUGCGGCUCUAAUCUUGGAUGGAAUUAUAUAUCUGCUCAUGAAAAGAACCAGAAGUACAAGGAAGGAAAGUUUGUUCUUGAAAGAUUUAAAUUGAUAGGUCCCUGAUGCUAACCGGUAUUGGGUAGCACAUGAUACCCACAUGGGCGGCAGCGAUGCUGAUGAAUGAUGAUGCCUGAGCAACGUUUUCAACUAGUCCAUUCGAUGCAACAACUCUUUUGAAUGUAAAUUCUUCCCGUCACUCAUUUCUCAUGUGGAUUCUAGCAAUUGCAAUCCUAUUGAACUAGUUUUUAAGAUUAUAAAUUCUCAUGGCUCCUCGUA